AUGGUUUCGGUCCUCAUCCGAUCAUUGACCUCAUCAGAGCAACAUAGCUUCUUCUCCGAUGGAAUAGCGUUUGGAAUUGAAGAACUCUUAUUCAAUACUGGUCCAGACAGUAAAGUCUCCGAUAUCGACGGCCAACCCUACACAACCAUCCUCUACGGAAACGGACCUGGCUUCGCCAUUCCCCGAAUAGUACCGAUGAACACCACCACCGCCACCGAGGACAAGAACCAAGUGCAUGGCUCGGCAGUGCCUCGCCAGUGGGGCACGCACGGAGGAGAGGACGUACCUGUCUACGCCCUGGGACCCCUAGCCACCAUUUUGUUCACCGGAACCUUCGACCAGAGCUACAUCCCCCACGCCAUAGCCUACAGCGCCUGUCUGGGGGAGCACCGGUUGAGAUGCCAAGGUCUAGACAACUAUACAGCCCCCCAAAUACCUACCUGCGUCGGUCCGGACCUGUCCAACGUACCGGGAGUGGGGGGUAGUGCCAGUGGCAGCGGAGCACCGGUGGUCGUUGCCAGUAGUGUUAAGGCGGACGACAGUGGUUCGCGGACGAAAUCGGGUGCUGCAGACAUUUUCUCGUUGGUCUUUCACCUUCUAUGUUUGUCUAUCGGAUUGAACUUCGCUGUGACGUAAUAAAUUCGCGUACACUAGCCGGGGUUUCGACGCCGUGAUUUAUGGAGGAUGAAGAUAACCUCAUCGAUACCACCGGUGAAAGUGACUUGACUACUUGAUGUGUUUACUUGGACUUGAAUGUUGACUUUUGAGACUAAAGUGUGAUGAAAACUUUUCGAACUCGUUUUGUAAAUAUGUACCUUCUAACUUUAUGUGAUCUAAGACUUGUUACUAAAUAGGUGGAAGAAAACUGGCUGUAUGACCAAAUUGUUGAACUGAGUGUUUCUAUGCACUGUUAAAUGAAUGGAAGAAUAUUGGAUAAAUAAAUUAUAGAACACUU